UCCUUACGCCGGCGCAUGCUCUGACGUCAUUACGCAGCGUCGGACGUCGGACGGCGGCGCGCGGGCUCGGUGCGGAGCCGCCCCGCCAUGGCGGCGGAUCAGGGUGUGUACCACAGGGACAAGGAAAUGAGGACUGAGGUACACAGCAGUAAGAAAAGCAGCACGAUGGGUUCAGGAGGCUUUUCCCCAGGAGGUUCAGAGGAAGAUCCAAGCAGUGCCAUUACAGUUACCUCUAGCAAACAUUACCUGUGUGGCUACUGCGCCGCGUUCACAAACAUAGCAGUCACCUUCCCCAUCCAGAAGGUCCUCUUUCGACAGCAGCUGUAUGGCCUGAAAACAAAGGAUGCGAUACAUCAGCUGCAGAAAGAUGGAAUUAGAAACCUCUACCGUGGCAUCCUUCCACCCUUACUGCAGAAGACGACCACGCUGGCUCUCAUGUUCGGCUUAUAUGAGGAUUUCUCCUCCUUGCUUCACAGCCACACCACUGCUCCUGAGCUCGUGACGUGCAGCGUGGCAGCAGUGCUUGCAGGGACCACAGAAGCUGUUCUUACGCCCUUCGAACGAGUGCAGACUUUGCUUCAGGACUACAAACACCACGAUAAGUUCACAAACACGUACCAGGCUUUUAAGGUACUGAAAGUCCAUGGAGUGAGAGAGUACUAUCGGGGAUUGGUGCCCAUUUUGCUCCGAAACGGGCCCAGUAAUGUACUCUUCUUCGGCCUGAGAGGACCUAUUAAACAAUGCCUGCCUGAAGCAACUUCUCACAGCGCUCAUUUGGUUAAUGACUUCAUUUGUGGAGGGCUGUUGGGUGCCAUGCUGGGGUUCUUGUUCUUCCCAAUGAAUGUUGUAAAAGCUCGCAUGCAAGCUCAGAUCGGGGGUGAAUUUCAGUCCUUCUCGACAGUUUUUGUGAAGAUCUGGCUGGAGCGCGACAGGAAAUUGAUCAAUCUUUUCAGGGGAGCCCAUCUGAACUACCAUCGUUCAGUCCUGUCCUGGGGUAUCAUCAAUGCGACUUACGAGUUCUUGCUAAAGCUGUUAUGAGAAACACUUAUUUUCUUCAUCCCUUCUAUUCGCUCGUUCUUUGCCACCUUUGAUGAUGCUUCAUCCUUGGGAGCAGCGCCUGCAUAGCGUGACGGGCAUUUAAUCUUGGCCUUCACUGCAUACGGGGUGAACGCUGAUACAUCCAAACCUUGGUGCAAUUAUGGCUAGCUUCACAAAUUAUUUAUUUGCUGGCAGGUGGAUUUACCCCUAAUGAAACGAGGAGA